AUGGCGGAGGAGGACGGCGAGCGCUUCAUCGAGAUCGUGUCGGCGGGAUCGCUGUACCUCUCCGGCGGCGAAUGGGAGCGCAAGUACUGGAGCUGCUCCAGGGGCAAGGAUCGAUACCCCUAUCCGGUGGGCUACCGCGCCGUCCGCCACUUCUCCGGGAUAUCAUACACCAUGGAAAUUCAGCAAGGACCCAGAGGGCCUAUGUUCCAGGUCACAUCCACCCUAGGAGAUUCAGCCCCUGGGCCUACCCCGGAUUUAGCCUGGAAAAACUUCCAGAAGAAGACGGCGCCUAAGGUCAGAGACUGGCAGAGGAAAAGGAGCUUCCCUCACAAGAUUGAUGGCGUUGAGCUUUUCGGGUUCAAAAAUGCAUCUGUUCAGAGGCUGCUUCGUGAGCUUAUAGUUCGUUCGACUGGAGCAAUUGAGCUAAACUUGCAUCAUCCAGUCACUUCUGAUACUGAUUCACCUUUAACCCGUAAGGUUGAAGCUGAUGUUUCUGAUGGAUAUGAAGAUUUAUCUGUUCGCUUGGACAAGAUGGGUGGACCUUCUAAACGAAGUAUGAGGCCAAGUCAGGAGGAAGGGACUGCUAAAAGGGUCCACUACCAGGAUAUUUCCACUUCAGCUGAUAACUGUGACAAUGAACUGGAUAUAGCUGCUGAUGAAGGCUCAAGCAAAUUGCAGGAUGUCAUUGGUUCAAGAUGCACGCCUUCGUUGUUGAAAGAAAUACCUCACAACUCAAGACAUACUUUGGUUAAUGAUAAUAUGGGAGAAUCAGUUGCAGAUUCACCUGAACAAGUUGGUUUAUCUUCUAGUUCUUAUUUAAGCUCUCAAAUGUCUGAUCUGGAAUCAGCUGAGAGAGAAGUAGCUAAGUCUAUGAUGGCUAUUUUGCUUCCCCAAGCUAUCCCCCUUUUAAAGAAAACUCACAGAAAGAAGAAGAAGAAGGUUAAGCAUAAAAAUAAAGAGGAAUAUACUACUUCAACUAGAACCGUUUCAACUGAAAAUCCAUCUGCUGGUUGCCGAGGUGGAGCUGUGUGUACAAGUAUUUGUGAAGGAAUAAAUGUAAAAACUUCUCCGACAUAUUCCAAUGAGAAAUCUCUCUGUGAAAUGGUUAAAGGCUUCUGUGAUAAUGAUGAUGGCAUGAUUGAUGAGCUAGCCUUCAGAACAGAUGACCUGAAUACUGUUAUUGCAGAUAGUUUUGAGGGUGAUGAACAGGUUUGGCAUGACAAUACAUCCAAAUCCAUGGGUGCUCAUCAUCAUGAGUGUGAUGAUGCAUGCUCGAAGGAAAGUAAUGUGCACUCACAAUUGCCAUAUGAUAACAGGGAAGAUCAUGACAGACGUUCUGAAUGUCAGAUUGGGAUAGAUGAUGGCACAGACACACCUGAUGUGAUAUAUGAUCAUGAAAAGGGUCAAUAUGUUUUAUCUGAAGCGCUCCUUGCUUGUCUGGAGGAAGAGUUCGGUGAGAAGGACAAUUCCUACCCUGCCAACUACAAUGAAAGCAAUGCUGGACGAAUACAAGAUGGAAAGCAAUUUGAGGACCCUAGAGGUGGGAUUAAUAAUGACUCAUCAAUUUUGAUUGAUGUGUCAGAUAAGAAUAACCUCAGGAAUGGGUUGUAUGCACAAGCUUCUGCUAAGAGCAGGGCAGGAAUCUCAAGGGAUGGGGAGUCUUUAACAAAUUUGUUGGAGAAGCCAGUUCAUUCUAAUGCACAUAACUAUGAGAAAAUGGGCGGUCAAUUUGAUGAUACUAAGUUUGUUGACAGAUUUGUUGCUUUUGAGUCAUUCGGUACAGGGAAUCAUUCUAAGUAUGGGCUAGAAAGAAUAAACUCUGUUACAGCGGGGUCUGUUGAUGUUCAAAUGAAAACAGGUAAAAAUCACUCGCUAGAGGAACAGAAAGAAUGUCAAACUGGAUGCAGAAAUGGCAAUGAGAACACAAUGAUUUCUGUUGGUUUUGGGAGUAACGUUUGUGGAUGUGUACCUCCUAAGAAUGAAGACAAUGCUUGUCGUGAGCGUGCCCUUACUGACAUUAACCAUUUAAAUGGUCCAUUAUGUAAACAAAAAGAAACAUCCCCAAGAGUGUCAAAUCUUCACCUAGAUCUUAUGGGAUCCUACCUGCACCCAAUGCCUGUCUUGUCUAUCACUCUGAACACCAAAAAUAACAGCAGCUUACUGAUCUAUGUGCUCUGUGGCUUUUUAGACAGUUGUCAAAGAUUCCUUUAUGUAUAUAAUAUUAUCCCUAAGGAUCAACAAGAGACAAAACCUUAUUUUGUCAGUUACACUCCUCUUCUACUGUCCUCCAUGGAGCGGUCAUGCACAGGAAAUCUACCAUUUGAAAGAUCUGGGUUGCAGUUCACACCUGAUGGCCAGUUUCUAGUCUUCUUUGGCACUAUUAGAAUGCCUUUUUGCAGGAGGCAAAGCAUUGAUUGUUCUUGCUCCUUAUGCAAACUGAAUCAGUAUGAGGUUAAUUGUUUGAAAAUUGUAUCUGUGAAUUUGGGUUAUGUUUCACUCUUGACCAAACUGAUUGCUUGUGGGACACUGUCUUGCAUUUUGAUCUGUGAACCAAAUUACAUUGUAACUGUUGAAGAUGGCGGAAAACUCCAUAUCUGGAUGAUGGCUGCUGGGUGGAGAAUGAUCUCAGAGGAGUAUGUGAUUCCUAGUUUUAGUAAUGUGGGUCAUUCAAUACUAGAGCUCAGAAGAAUGCCAAAAAACAGCAAUCUCAUCAUUGGUCAUGAUGGCGCAGGAAGCUUUUGUUUGUGGGACAUCGCCAAGCGAACAAUUCUGGCAACCUUUACAGCUCCAGGAAUCAUUAUUUUUCAGAUUCUGCCAGUAGUAUCCUGUAGUUUGCAGGAGGAUAUCAUUCUUGCUUCAUUUAGUGACAGUGAGAAAAGGUUACGAGAGAUCACAAUUAGUGGUGUGUCCAGAAAAGUUGACAAUGAGUCCAUUCUGUCAUCUGGAAAAGAUACAGCGAUUUGGAUUCUGAUUUCUUCUGCUUCGGUAGCUGAGUAUCAAAGUGAUCUUCGAGCAAAUGAACACAAUGCACGAUGGAGGCUAGCUCUGCUGGCAAAUAAGACUGUUUUUAUGGGAAGUAUUUUGGAUCCAAGGGCUACUGCUGUAGAAGCUUGUGGUAACCAUGGAUUCACUGGAACACAUGGAGGCCUCUUGUAUGCAUGGGAAUUGUCUUCUGGGAGAAAACUUGCCGGUACACAAUGUUUUAACCGUGGACGUGUCUCGUGCGUUGCUGUCGAUGCUAAAUCAGGUGUAGUGGCAGUGGCCGACGAUGAAUGCCAGCUGUUACUUUACAGUCAAAAUAAGGUGGUGAGCAAUGCAAGGGCAGGCGGGAACAUGUUCAGGGUAAAGACGUAAAGUAGUCGUCUGGGGGUAUAUAGUGGAGUAGUUUGAAAGUUGGUGACUGUAUGGCUUGCAAUUUACACUUGUAUAUAUAUAUACUGCUGUAGGUUUUAGUUGGUCCUGUACCAUCAUAGUUAUCAAAUGUACAUAGCUGAUGUUAGGAAUCACUCCUCUCUAAUUGCUUGUGCUAAUCACUAGCACUAACAAAGAACACUUGUUUGAGUCGGUGGACAAACACACGUGCACUGAACAAACACUCAAGUUUUGGUUGAUGCGGCCACA